GACCAAUCUGCAGGCGAGCAAAUUCUAUGGAGUGAACAGUCUGGUCCCCAAAAUGUCGACCCGAUCGUGUGGCCACGCGCUGCAUCAUCAGCAGAAAUUUUCUGGAGUGGAAAGCAGCCCACUGGCGCUGCACUCAACGUCACCGAGGCACUUCCUCGUUUGCAUGACGUCAGGUACAGGAUGGUACAGCGCGGUAUCAAUGCCAUCCCACUCCAGCCGCAGUGGUGUGCGUUUCGACCGGACGCAUGUGAUAUGUAUGCUUGA